CCAAACCGUCACUUUCCAAGAACCCUUUUUAAGAUGGUCGCGCAAUUUGCUUCGCUGGCUAAAUGCCUGUUAAUUCUGCUCGCUCUUAUUUCGUUUAUCCUAAACAUUGUAUUCAUUUGUCUUAACUCUAGUAGAGUACCUAAAUGUCAGAAUAACCAACACAUCUGGAAAUAUAACCACAAUGACCACAGUAAGAUAUUUGCAGACCUGUCCAAGGAUGAAUACCAACAAGUCCGGGACUACAUGUGGGGGCAGAAGAGUUUGGACAUAUCACACUCUGCAACAGCAGAGCCUAAGGAGAACUUUAUCUUUUUGAUAGACGUAGUGCUCCCAAAGAAAGCUGAUGCGCUCCGUUACUUGGAUGAACGUGCCUCUGCACCGACGAGGGAAGCAUCAGUGGUGGUAUUCCACGGCUCCUUGGGCUAUAUUAAGGAAUAUGUGGUGGGACCUAUUGGAGGGACACUCACCCACCGAGAUGUGACGGAGGAGAAGUACAAUCAGACUCAAUUGAAAAUAACCGCUCGCCCUGUCACCAUUGGUGAAUAUAUGAAACUUUUUCAGUUCCUUGACGGUGAGGUGUUUGGGAAAUUGAAUGAAAUACUAAAGGAGAGUUUCGACUACAACGAUAAAAAGCCACUGAAUCCAUUUGAGGGGAUGCCCCGUGGGAUAAAGUCGGGAGACCGAGAAACAUGGAUAUCUUUUUUUCGGGACAUGAGCGGAAUGUAUAUUCAUCCAGUUGGUUUCGAAGUGUUGAUUAACCACCAAAGCCUCGACCCAUCCCAGUGGCAAUUAAAGAAAUUGCUUUACAAUGGUCAAUACUUUAACACUAUUGACGAAUUGAAAGAAUCGUACAAUAAUGGCACUCUAACCAAAAUCGUUUACAAGGACAUUUUAAACUAUGCCUCCUUAAAACCUCGAAAAAAGCCGACAGGUCUUGGCCCCCAGCAAGCUUAUCAUCAAGGUCAACGCUUCAGUGUUAAGGGUAACCAGGUUAUGUACAUGGAGUGGAGUUUUGCGUUUGGACUGAGCUCUCUCACCGGCAUGCGGGCGUUUGAUAUUAAAUUCAAAGGAGAGAGAAUUGCAUAUGAACUUAGUGUACAAGAGGCGAUGUCUGUCUACGGCUCAGUAACCCCUGGCAUGAUUCUCACCAAGUUCCUCGACUCAAGUAUUGGCAUCGGUCGCUUCGCGCACGAGUUGGUGCGUGGAGUGGACUGUCCGUAUGGGGCUACCUACGUAGACACUUACCGUUAUAUAGACACGAAUCAGACACAUCGGUUCAGAAAUUCAAUCUGUGUUUUCGAGCACGAUAUAGGCAGGCCAUUACGCAGGCACUUCUCUGACUUUUUUCACAACAAAUAUGGAGGGCUGGCAAACAGUGCUUUGAUUAUCAGAUCCAUCACUGCAAUCGGGAACUACGACUAUGUCUGGGAUUUCAUCUUUUACCAGAGCGGGUCUGUGGAAGCCAGAGUGCAUGCCACUGGUUACAUAUCAUCGUCUUUCAUCAUUGACGGUAGUUUGCGUCAUGGCCACCAGGUCGCAGAAAAUACCCUGGGAAAUGUCCAUACUCACUUCAUUAACUUCAAAGUUGACCUAGAUAUUCUGGGUAUGAAGAACGUCUUCCAGACCAAAGACAUGACCUAUGAAGAGAUGGACCUGCCCUGGACCUCGGAGCGGAAGGCCAAGAUCCCCGUGCUGGUGGAAAAGCAGCUGACUACAGAGCAGGAGGCUGCUCUGUAUCAUGGCAAACCCAUGCCUCGCUCCCUGCAUGUGGCCAGCAACCAGCUAAACAAGUGGGGACACCAGCGCUCCUACAAGAUCCAGGUGAUCAGUUUUGCGGCAGAGCACCUGCCUGAGAGCGAGCCAGAGGAACGCUCCAUGUCCUGGGCCAGGUACAAGGUGGCCAUCACUAAGCACAAAGAUGAAGAGCAGACCAGUAGUAGUCUCUAUAGCCAGAAUGAUAUAUGGUCGCCUGUAGUAGACUUCAGCAAAUUCAUUGCUGAUGAUGAGUCGAUUGUGAAUGAGGAUCUCGUUGCUUGGGUGACUGCAGGCUUCCUGCACAUUCCACAUGCAGAGGAUAUUCCAAACACGGUCACCAUUGGCAAUGGUGGUGGAGUCAUUCUGAGACCACACAACUAUUUUGAUGAGGACCCAUCCAUUCACUCACCUGAUGGGGUGUACUUUGAACCAGGGUCCGAAAACAGCUGUGAGUACAACAAGAUGGCCUGCCUGAAGAAUGACCAAUGCACACCCACACUGGACCCAUUCACUUAUCAUGGGUUUGAAGGAGUCAUGAAAUUUGAAUGAGGCUGAUUGGUUUUAUUGUUAUCUCAGGAUUUACAAUCUGGACUAGAGGGUUGUUCACACCAGGAUCGAUAACUACAAAGAUAACUAUAACUAUAUCGAUAUGAGCAUCCAUACCGACCAACAGCAGACAAUUUGGCAGACACUUUGUUAAAUUGUUACGGUGUCUUAAGCAAAUUAGUAAUAUUAACAAUCAAUGCGACUCUAAAAAUGGAUUAAUAGGUGUUAUCUGAACAGUUAUGUCUUUACAACUCCUCUUGAAAGACCCAAAUCUAUCGCAGGAACGCAGGACACUAUAGGCUACUCAUUCCACCAACUCCAUAAUGUAUUGUAUUAUACUGUGUAUGGGUUUCAUGUUGAAGGACAUUAUUAAAGAAAAUUAAUAUGUGAAUUUGAGCAGCAAUGUUUUGAGUUAUUCUGUCAUGUUUAUGCAUAAGGUUUUGUUUUAGUCUGAUACAUAGAAUUACAUAAUUGCCUUUCUGUCAUGAAUGUAGAAAUGUAUAAACGUGUUUAUAUUGUUGUUCAUUUGUAUAAUACACAUUUGAUAACAACUAUUGAUCUUGAUGGAUAUAUUAUUCCAGUUUUGGUUUGUUAAAAAAGAAAAACAUUGCAUUGACAAAAUGUGAGUUUCAUCAAGUGAUGCUGAAUAGUGAAUGCUUUCUCCUGAGAGUUGGCUGUGGCUGUAAGGAGCUUCAUUGUCCUUGACAUCCACACACCCUCUUGAAGGGAACUCAAGUUCCUGGGAACGCUUCUUGACUGUUAAUUGAACCCAGUGUUUUAGUUUCAAGUAUUUCUGCUCUGGAGAUGGGUGCUGGCAUUUGGGAGGAAAAUCAGUCACACACCAAUGUAAAUAUAAUAAGCUGUGCAAAUCCAGUCAUUAUUAAAGGUCCUUCAACACAAAUUCUGUGUGUUAAGUGUGAAAAUUGUGCAUCUGCUUAUUAAAGUAUGGCCUACAGACUGCAAUAUGUUUUUCUCAUGAGAUUUCAGCUGAAAGCAACAGAUUUGCUUGCUAUUCUGAUAUGAAUGUGGUUCACCAAACUCUUUCUGAAGAUCAGUUUGGCUGAAAGUCUGUGAAAAUGCAGAAAACUUCUGAAAAAAGUCCAAUGAAGAGCCACUUUUCAAUAAUUGUAACAUUGCAGUUUAAUACAGAAACGCAGAACAACACGUUUCUCUGAGAAGUAUUGUGUACAGUGAACAGUGAAUAAACAUUUCAUAACAAUGCUGUUACUUUUAUC